AUGGCAGGCAGAGGGCUGGAUCUGCGCUGGGUGCCUGGCGUCCUCUGUGUGUCUCUGAUACUGGAGGCGGCAUCCACAAAAGCCCAUGAGCGCAUCCAGUUUUCGCCUGGAGCUGUCAACCAGACUGCCAUGGCAGACUGUCGCGCCGUGUGUGGCCUGAACACUUCUGACCGCUGCAACUUCGUCAGGAUGAAUCCCGACUGCCACAGUGACGGGGGAUACCUGGACUACCUCGAGGGCAUCUUCUGCCGCUUUCCACCCAACCUCCUCCCUCUGGCCAUAACCCUCUAUGUUUUCUGGCUGCUUUAUCUCUUUCUGAUCCUGGGAGUCACCGCAGCCAAGUUUUUCUGCCCUAACCUGUCAGCCAUCUCUACCAGUCUUAAACUUUCCCACAACGUGGCAGGUGUCACCUUCCUGGCCUUUGGGAAUGGUGCCCCUGAUAUCUUCAGCGCCCUAGUGGCUUUCUCAGACCCACGCACUGCCGGCCUGGCCAUCGGGGCGCUGUUUGGCGCAGGGGUGUUGGUCACCACCGUGGUGGCGGGAGGCAUCACCAUCCUGCAUCCAUUCAUGGCUGCCUCCAGACCCUUCCUCAGGGACAUCGCUUUCUAUAUGGUGGCUGUGUUCCUGACCUUUACUGCACUCUACCUUGGCAGGGUCACGCUGGCAUGGGCACUGGUUUACCUGGGCCUCUAUGUGUUCUAUGUGGUCACAGUUAUCUUUUGCACUUGGGUCUACCAACGGCAGCGGAACAGCUCUCUGGUCCACUCCAUGCCCGAGACACCAGAGAUGCUGUCUGAUUCCGAGGAUGACCGGGUGUCUUCUAAUACCAACAGUUAUGACUAUGGAGAUGAAUACCGGCCUCUGUUGCUGGGUCAGGAGACCACUGCUGAGAUCUUGAUCCAAGCCCUGAAUCCCUUGGACUACAGGAAGUGGAGGACCCAGUCAGUGUCCUGCAGGAUCCUGAAGGUGGCCAAGUUGCCUGUGGAGUUCUUACUGCUGCUCACGGUGCCUGUUGUGGACCCGGACAAGGAUGAUCGGAAUUGGAAGCGGCCACUCAACUGUCUGCAGCUGGUCAUCAGCCCCCUGGUCCUGGUCCUGACCCUGCAGUCGGGGGUCUAUGGCAUCUAUGAGAUCGGAGGCCUCUUUCCUGUCUGGGCUGUGGUGGUGAUCGUGGGCACAGGCCUGGCUUCAGUGACCUUCUUUGCCACAUCUAACAGUGAACCCCCUAGACUGCACUGGCUCUUUGCAUUUCUGGGCUUCCUGACCAGCGCCCUGUGGAUCAAUGCAGCUGCCACCGAGGUAGUGAACAUCUUGCGGUCCCUGGGCGUCGUUUUCCGUGUGAGCAACACUGUCCUAGGACUCACCCUCCUGGCCUGGGGAAACAGCAUUGGAGAUGUCUUCUCAGAUUUCACCCUGGCCCGCCAAGGCUACCCUCGGAUGGCAUUCUCCGCCUGCUUUGGUGGCAUCAUUUUCAACAUCCUGGUGGGUGUAGGGCUGGGAUGCCUGCUACAGAUCGCCCGGAAUCAUGCUGUGGAAGUGAAGCUGGAGCCAGAUGGACUGCUGGUGUGGGUGCUGGCCAGCGCCCUGGGCCUCAGCCUGGUCUUCUCUCUGGUCUCUGUCCCACUUCAGUGUUUCCGACUCAGCAAGGCCUAUGGCUUCUGCCUGCUUCUCUUCUACCUCAGCUUCCUUGUUGUGGUCCUGCUCACGGAAUUUGGGGUGAUUCACUUGAAGAAGGUCUGACUGACUGAAGCUGCUUGGCCUGGUGGCUUCGGAGCCAUUCCCCUAGCCUCC